CUCUCCUCCUUCCACAGCAUCCCACCCGUCCCAUUGGCCCAGUCCGCCCCCCGCCGUCACCCGGACCCCACAUGGCAGCCACGCGCAAGCCCCGAUCCCCGUCCGCCGCCGCCGCGGCCGGCGACCACCUCCGCUUCCUCCGCCCCGGCGCCCUCGCCCGCCUCCGCGACGCCAGGCUCCGCCGCCGCUCCAAGCCGGCCUACUCCCGCCCGGCCCCGGCCUCGCCGCAGCCACAGCCACAGCCGUCCCCCUCUGCCCCUCCCGCGCCCGCGGCGGGCGGGGACGGUGAGAGCGGGCCCUUCGUGCCCUACGUCGUGCCCGGGUCCAGAUUCCUCGCGCCGCGCUGCCCGCAGCGGAAGAAGCUCACGGCGGGGAAGGUGGUGCCGCUCUUCUCGCCGCCGAUGCCCAGCCCGGACCUGCCAUUCGAGGCGGUUAUGGAGUUCUUCAACGCGCCGGAUAUGGUCGUCGCCGCCCACUAGAUGGGACCCGUCGUCUUGUAUUAGUCGUGGUAUACUUGUAGAUGCAGGGAUCUAGUCCCCUCCUUGUCAAUCUAGCUUCAUGUCUUACAGUUUAUCGUUUACCUUGUUUGUCUGUACCAAAUCGAUGUGAAAAACAAAUACUAUAAACAAUAGUUCUGCAGAGUUUUGUGUAA